AUGCCGUCUGAACCAAAACUUACAAAAAAGCAAAAGAAAGCCAUCGCCUUUCGAGAACGGAGAGGAAAGGGUCACUCAAAGCCCGUUGACGGAGAACCCGCCGAUGUUCCCGAGCCUGAGGUGCAAGAUGGACAAGAAAAGACUUUCGAUGAGCAAGCGCUUGAUCAAUCCGAGACAGCUGUGCGCAGCUUGGGCGAUAGGAAACGAAAACGAACGCUAGAGGAAGAUGAUCAAGCCCUGGAGACGAAUGAAAGUCAGGGAGGCACCAACGGCGUAUCGCCCAAGGCAAAGCCUAAGAAAAGAAAAACGGUCAAGACUACCGAUGACUCGAGUGGAAACGAGGCCGCGGGCGGAGAUGCGAAAUUAAAGCGAUUUAUCUUAUUCGUUGGUGGGUCUUUUGCGGCUGACUUCCACUACUUUGGGCGCAACAAUAACCAUACACAGGUCGCGAUUCGGAAACACCAUAGCGAACUGGCAGGGCGACGCAUCAAUGUUGAGCUGACUGCUGGAGGCGGCGGAAACAGUGAUCAACGGAAAGAAAAGCUCCGGACGCGUAAUCAUACAUUGAAUGAACAACGGAAAAGGGGCGCUGAGCGUCAGGCCGCCAAGAACACUGGAAAUGAUGACAUAGGAAAUUCACAGUCGAGAUUACCUACCCGGCACUCGACUACCUCCGGACAAAUCGAGACAACUAAUCGACCUAAAACUUGGUCUAUUCCAAACUCCGAGGACGAAAAAUUAAGCACGAGAAAAACACGAGGGAAGAGCAAGGGCGCUAAUGCAGUGCAACGUAAAAGUUCAUGGACACCUAGUGGGGCUAAUGCUAUCAAAGUCGGCUAA